GAUCGCAGUUCCGUAAUAGUCUACAGUCGCCGAACGAUUUUGAAGACGCAGAAAAGCGGUUAAACUCAAGGGAUAAACAACUAUUGUAAACACAAUUCAACCGACGCCACAUAAAGCAAGUCUUGUCGCAGCUAACGAGAAAAAAGUUGAAAUUAUAUCGUUCAAGAAAUAAACAGGCAUGAGCGGAAACCAAGAUUUUAAGAGCGCGUCGUCGGUUUAUGACUUUACAGCUAAAUCGAUCAAAGGAGAUGAAGUACCUUUGUCUAACUAUAAAGGCCAUGUUCUUUUGAUCGUCAACGUAGCUUCUAAAUGUGGACUCACGGCAACGAAUUAUAGAGAACUCAACGAACUUUAUGAUAAAUAUGCUGAAUCCAAAGGACUUCGUAUACUGGCAUUCCCCUGUAACCAGUUUGGAAAACAAGAACCUGGUGGGAGCGAUGAAAUUUGCAGCUUCGCCGAACGUCGUAAGGUGAAGUUUGAUAUGUUUGAGAAGAUCGAUGUCAAUGGUGACAACGCACACCCAUUAUGGAAGUACUUGAAAGAGGAGCAGGGUGGGCUCAUGGGCAGUUUCAUCAAAUGGAAUUUCACAAAGUUCAUCGUCGACAAAGAGGGAAAAGUUGUUGAACGACAUGGCCCCAAGGUUGAACCUAGCAAACUUGCGGUGCAUCUUGAAAAAUACUUCUAAAACCCGUUUAAACUUGCACGGUCGGCGAAUGUAACUAGGUGACGAUCUAUCUGCCUCCGUGCGUUUAAAAACUUUCGAUGUGCCUGGUGGCGGUGGCGGUGGUGAUGGUGCCGCUGCAGACAUGAGACAACAAACGAUCAUUUGCGAGUUUCUACAUUUAUCAAGGUCGAAUAUAAGUCGAAAGAAAGGAGGUGCGUUGUGUGCACAUACGUACGUAUCAAUGUGUACGCCUUUUAUAAUCUAACACGACGAAUUUAUACUUGAAAUGUCGCACGUGAAGAGCAAUUAUUUAUUAAACAAUAAAUCGGACCUCCGUGUU